UUCAGCGACAGUUCACAGUCUCUCGACACUAGAUUCCUCUGAACAAUGUAUUCUCUUGUCUUGUCUGCUGUUCUCUGCGUCGUUGUGGCGGACACUCAUAAUGGCUUCGGAGCGCCCUCUCCUCCCAGCAACGGCUAUGCGCCCCCAAGUAACACCUAUGGCACGCCCAACGGUGGGUACGGAGUAGACCCUGAGAUUGCCGCUUUGGCCGAGAACAUUCCCGGGGGCGGCGUCCCCGGCGAGGACUACCCCAUCUUGGCUUCCGUGCCCGACACCGGCUUCUCGUGCGAUGCCCAGGCGGUGCAAGGUUAUUACGCCGACACUGCAGCUGAAGCCGGCUGCCAGGUGUUCCAUAUCUGCCAGGACCGCGCCCUCAGGCGCCAACAGGACUCGUUCCUGUGCCCCAACGGUACCAUCUUCAACCAGCAGUACCUGGUAUGUGACUGGUGGUUCAACGUGGACUGUUCUCAAGCUGAGAGCUUCUACUCCGUCAACGAACUCAUCGGAGUCGUUCCCGACGCCGGUUAUGCUUACGCUGCCGCUACCAAUGGUCUUACCGGUGGCAACGGCAAUGGAUAUGGAAAUGGAAGGAAAUGAUAUGGUAGAUGUGGA